AUGCAGUCGUCGGCGAACGGGACCGAGAACCAGAGGUCACAACCGCAGGCGCAGGCGCCGUCACCGCCGCAGUGGACGGCGGCGAUGCCGUACCCGGGGGCGACAAUGAUAAUGCCAAACCAGAUGAUGGCGGCAGCGGGUUUGCCGCCACCGCCGCCGCCGUAUGCGCCGCACUACAUUCCAUUCCACCAGGUGUCCCCGCUGCUGCCGCAGUAUCAGCAGCAUCAACAACAGCAGCCGGGGUCAGCGGACGAGAACAGGACGAUCUGGGUGGGAGAUCUUCAGUACUGGAUGGACGAGAAUUAUCUUCAGCACUGCUUCGGUCACACCGGCGAGGUUAGGAAUCAUGUUUCCGUUUUUCUACAUUUUUUUGUUUUCAAACAUUUGGACAAAUAUUUUUGUUCGUGGGUCGCUUUCGUUUUUUCAUCGUAGACUCAUAGACCGACGCAUACCACGUUCCGAGAUCUACCUUCGGCAUCCUCUUACUUUAGACAUUAUCAUUUGGGUGAAAUAUGUAUUUUGUGAUUUUGUUUUGUGGCCGUGUUUGACGUCUUCUGACUUGUAAAUUCUCAAUUGGCGGUCCGGAUUCAGGCAUUGGAUGUCGCUCAGUUGCCACACGCAAUGAUGGCGUCUUGAGAACCGUAUGCAUACGUGAUUUCUGUUUCCAUGACUUUGUUUUUUUCUUAAAUUCAUGUUAAGUGAGAAAUUUUUAAGUGUAGUAUUACUGGAAGAGCUCUAGCUGGAGAUUGAUGCAGAGAAACAUUCAGAAUUUUGGUACAGGAAGAGCCACGACUCUUCUUUCUUGUUUUAAAUGGUGGACACGAAGUUACCAGUUAAUCCGGUGAUGACAGUGGUUCGCAAAAUCUGUCAAUUUUCGUUACAGUUUAAUGGGAGUUAUUUACAGUUCUUGAUCUAAUUUAAAAGAGACAAUCUCCGCCUCUUCAGAUCAUUUUUUAAAAAAAGGAAGAAACAGGGUCAGUUGAUCUCACUCAUGUCAACUGAUUCUUGUCUGAUCUAUCCUAGUACAUUUGGUUCACCUAGUUGGAUUUGGUCUAGUCUAAUGUAGCGUUCAAACACGUAGGAAUGUACAGUAGUUCUGUUCAGUUGAAUUAUAAUGAUUUAUGAAUACAUCUAAUCGAUCCUUUAAUUUUUCAAAAUUUCUUCCGAAGUAACCUUUCUUUUAAAUCGGCCUAGUCAUCGUGUGUGUGUAUAAUACCUGGACCAGUCUUGAUCAAAGUUAAGAUUUGAAGUUGGUUAUGAUCUUUAUAGACGAACUUUUGAGUAGAAGUUAACAAGAAUCAUGUGUCGUCCAACAUUAAUGCUAGAUAUCUAUGUUUUGACAUGGAAAUCAUUGCAGUUUUCAUGUGGAGAAUUUGGUAUCCUGACAAUUAAUUUUAUGUGGAGGAGAUGGUAGAUCAAUUUUCCCAACACUGCUUUGCACAUUAUCAUAAUAUUAUACUUAUCUUCUGUAGUUCCGUGAGUUUUCGUCAUAAAUAUGUGCAAAUUAUUAAUAAAUGCACCGUAUCUAUUAAUAAAUGCAAAUUGUUAAUAUUUGCAUCCGUAUCCUCAUCAUUCACAUGCUCGGAGACAACCAAAACGGCUGUAAUUUUUUCAACCCCUCUAUCUUGGGAUUCAAGCGGGUUUUUGGGUAUUGAACUAUCCAGAUGAUUCUUGUUUCUUUGCUAUGUUCUAGCAUAUCCAUUUUAUGGACAUGAAACAUGUUGAUCAACAUAACCAUGUGGCUUUUGUACAUGAAGUAUGACAGAGUUCCAGACAAUGAAAAGGCUUGUUGGCUGUCUAGGAAUAAAACCACGCGAACGUUGAUGUUUCUAUUUAUAUAUUUUUAGGGGCUGACAACAUAUUAACGCUAUUCUUGUUAAUUUAUAGCCGUGUAUAAUUAUUUUCAUCCUAGGAUAGGCUCUCUUUUUACUUGUUAGUAAAAUUUGAUGGGGGCAGCAAAACGAUGAAUGCAUUAAUUUAUUAUUCCACGUCUUUGUUUAUGGAUGUUUCACAAAAGGAAAUGCUGCGUGAUCUUUCUUGCUUUUUUUUUCAUUUGCUGUAGCAUCUCCUAGUCUUUUUUGGGAAUUUCAAGCAAGGCGGCAUUUCUACUGUUAGGAUUGUCUAGUUUAUUUUCAUCUUUCAUCAUGAUAAGCCUCUUGUGAGUGAACUGUGGUGUCUCUCAACAAUGUUUUGGGGCUCUGGAAUAUUCAAAACGUUUCGCAAAUAAUAGCAGAAGUUUUGUGUCGAUGAGCGUUAUAUAUGUUUUAUUCACCGCGCAUAAAUGUGAUGUGGAGCACCUGGUUGCAUAUGUUUAAAUACAUUAGGAACAGGAAGAAGGGCCGUGUCCCAUAGAGAAAAGACAGGGGAAACUCGUACAAAACUUGUGAUGGAUGUUGCUUCGUGUGAUAUUUAUAAAGUUGAUAGAGGAUUUUUUUAAUCCCAACCGCGUUUGAAUGUUGGCUUAACCUAUUUAAGUAGAUCACUGGAACAAAAAUGGUUCAACAAGGUACUAACUAGUAAUAAUAGGAAUAGAAAUGAAUAGAUGGUGAUAUAACCUAGUGCUCACUACUGUAGUUAAAAUAAAAAAUGGAGGAUUCUAACAAUAGUAGUAGCAGAAGCCCCUAAAACAAUUAUCGGUUUGUUUCUAGAUUCUAAAUCUAUCUCCUAGAGAAAUUUAACGCAUAGAAAAGGAGUAUUUUCUUCAGAACGAUAUGGAAUUCCAGGAUUUGGAAAAAUGUUCACCUCAAUUAUCUGAUGGCCGCCUGCUUCGAUGUAGUGAAAUUUAGGGCCUUCUAUUUUGUGUAAAAGGAAUCCAGGUUGCCUUCGGAAUAAAAUUGGAGAAUGCUGCAUAUGUAGUUCCUUAUCAUAUUGAAUAAAAAUUUGAUACAAAAAUUUCCUUUGCAUCUGACUGUUGUAGUGAUGUUAUAUCAUUAAAAUAAGAGAAAAUUAUGCUUUUAAAAUUGAUGCAAUGUGGAUGAAAUUUGAACGUAAUGCCUCAUCAGAAUGUCUAAAACUUACAAAUAAAAUCUAGUCGAUUUUUUUCGCUUGUUUAUAAUCACGUUGACAUUGAAGUCAUUUAUCUUUGUAUUUGGCUUGGGAAUUAUUUUGUGGCAGUCUGAUAAUUUCUUUUACCGAAUAUUUAUUAUUAUUAUUAUUAUUAUCAUCAUUUAUUUGAAUUUCGUCGGUAGCUCUCUUAAAUCGAUUUCCAUGCUUCUGUGAAGGUUGCCUUAGUAAAAGUUAUCCGAAAUAAGCAAACUGGGCAAUCAGAGGGAUAUGGUUUUGUUGAAUUUUACACACGAGCAGCAGCUGAAAAGGUACUCCAGGCCUAUGGUGCCAUGAUAAUGCCAAACACAGAUCAGCUCUUUCGAAUCAACUGGGCGUCAUUUAGCAUGGGUGACAAACGUUCAGAUAUUGGCUCCGAUCACUCUAUAUUUGUCGGUGAUCUGGCUCCUGAUGUGACAGAUAACUUAUUGCAAGAAACAUUUGCCACUAGAUACCCUUCUGUUAAAGGUGCAAAGGUUGUAAUCGAUGCUAAUACCGGUCGAUCGAAAGGUUAUGGAUUUGUCAGAUUUGGAGACGAAAGUGAGAAAUCCCGUGCAAUGACAGAGAUGAAUGGUGCAUUUUGUUCCAGUAGAGCAAUGCGAAUUGGUGCUGCAACCCCCAGGAAGUCCUCUGGUACGCGACUUGAACUGGAUCCCUACCCCUAGUGCUUCCCAUUUCCUCUCUGCUUUUACUUCCAUUCAAUAACUGAUGUCCAAAUCGGUUUUACCAGCACUGUUUUGCUUCCCUCAUUUUGCAUCUGAUUGAUAUGAUUUGUUGGAUUUUAUUUUAUUGCGUGUGAUUGGAUUAAUUGAAUGGAAGGACGGCUGAUGCUGAACUGCCUACAUUUCCCAAGCACAAUCUGGAUCGAUCCAAUGGCUCAGUAGAUGCAAAUGCGAUUCAAGAACAUUUCACUAUUUACGUUAAUCUUUAUUCUCAAUCCUAGCCCAUCCAAUAUCAGGUUGUCUGUUUAUGACCCAUCUCCUUUGUUGCUCAUGGCUCUGAUUUUCUUUCAGAUCAUCGUUUUGGCCCUCUGUCUUUUGCCAAUUUCAGUUUUGCACAAGUUCAGUCGGAUUUUAAUGGAGAUUCUAAACAAUUAGAACCUUUCUUUCCAUAGGAAUUUCCAUUUGUAUUAACUUUUUCUUCCUCCUUGGAAGACAAUUAGGGAAACAUAAGAAAUACACAGAUCGGUUCAUGGCAAUCCCAUCUGCAUCUUUCUCUAUGAGAGAAUCCAAGUUUACGUAUGCUUCAGAAAAAUGGUGUUCCUGAUAUCUUUUCCCAUUAUUUUCAAUAUGUUUCUGCCACCUCUUUCUAAAUGGGGUAACGUUUGACCCAUAUAAAGGUGAGAGUUUUGUCAGCAUCUCCCGGGGUUGAGUCAUAGUGCUGACGCCCAUUACUCGAAUCAGUAACUUCUCUCUCUAGAUUUCUCUCAGUUUCCCUCACUUUCUAGGUUUCGCAUCCAACGGUUCCCAAGGCUUGCCGACGGACGGAGACUCUAGCAACACAACUGUGAGAGUGCAUCCUUCUCCUCUUUGCCCUUCUCAUCAACCCGCCCGUUCCCCCCCCCCCCCACCCUUAUGAACACAGCUUCCUCUUCCUCGUGCUCCAGGUAUUUGUCGGAGGGCUCGAUCCGAAUGUCAGUGAGGACGAUCUCCGGCAGUCCUUCUCCGAGUGCGGCGACAUCGCCUCCGUCAAAAUCCCCGUCGGAAAGCAAUGUGGGUUCGUGCAGUUCGUCCAGAGGUACCCAUUGAAUGCUCAUGCGGAGGAUCUAUGCAAAGGGUUCAUGUCUUCUGUUUAGCUUCUCUCUUACAUCUCUCUCUCUCUGCUCCUCGUCCUCGGCAGGAGCAGCGCCGAAGAAGCGUUGAACAAGCUGAAUGGGACGACGAUUGGGAAGCAGAUGGUCCGCCUCUCGUGGGGCCGCAACCCCGCCAAUCGACAGGUAAACUUAACCUGUCAUCUCUUUCGUCUCUCAAGAAAACGACUGAUGGGAUCUGACUUUCUUCUUCCUUCGGUGGGUCUGACAGCCGAGGGCCGACUCUUCCGGCCAGUGGAGCAACGGGUACUACGGCGGGCAGGUCUACGGCGGCUACGGCUACGCUGCCAGCCCCCAUGACCCGGGCAUGUACGCCGCAGCCUAUGGAGCUUACCCUCCUCUGUAUGGCAGCCAGCAGCAAGUGAGCUAG